GCAGAGAACUUUUGCCUGUCGCCUGAUUUUUGGGACAGCUCCACACACCAUCUUAACACCAACUGGGGAAACUAAACCGACCUUCUUAACCAAAUACAACAGCACAGCAUUUUUUAUGUUGACAUGGAGGACCAACUAAAACAUUAUUUUUGCCAUACCUGCUUGAGAACAGACAGUGUCAUAAAUAAGGUCAUAAAGAUGUACUGGUCCUUACGAAUGCCCAUAUGCAUACUGUUUUUAACCCUGUCUGCCUUCGAAGUGGCUUCAGCUGAAACAUUAUGCGGCGGAGAGCUGGUGGACGCGCUACAGUUUGUGUGUGAAGACAGAGGUUUCUAUUUCAGUCGACCAACUAGCAGGUCGAACAGUCGACGUUCUCAAAAUCGUGGGAUUGUGGAAGAGUGUUGUUUUAACAGUUGUAACCUAGCUCUUCUAGAACAGUACUGUGCUAAACCUGCCAAGUCAGAGAGGGAUGUUUCAGCCACAUCCCUACAGGUCAUCCCGGUGAUGCCCGCAUUAAAACAGGAGGUCCCAAGAAAACACGUGACCGUGAAAUAUUCCAAAUAUGACAUGUGGCAACGAAAGGCCGCCCAGAGGCUACGGAGAGGCGUCCCCGCCAUCCUGCGGGCCAAGAAGUUUAGGCGGCAGGCAGAGAGAAUCAGGGCCCAAGAGCAACUGCACCACCACAGGCCUCUCAUCACGCUUCCCAGCAAGCUGCCGCCCAUCCUUCUUCCCACAGAAGACUAUGUUAGCCACAAGUGAAACCAGGAUCAUUUGCACAGAGUCGAUGAAAAAAAGACUAGGGGAUCAAAGCUUUUUGUCUCUGACGUCAUUUCUGUGGCAGUCCUCAACAACCCUUCUUCCUUCCCCAUCAGACCUGCUCACACGCUCUUCCAGUUUCUAUUUUUGCGGUUUCGUUCACCAACAAAAAGGCACAUCACAAACCAGAGGAACACAAUUCAGGUGAAGAAGCAAAGGAAAAAACGAAGAAGCCGCGGAACGCUGAACGUUUCUCCGGUUCGGAGGACAUCGGAGCGCUAGGAACAGCUAGAGCUAGCAUGAAAGAACCCAUUCCACCGCAUUCUCCCGAGACAAAAGUAUCUCUCUUUUAGUCCUUUUACAUAUUAGUUUGCACCUGUAACUAUAAAGGGACAUCCACACUGUAAGGAAUUGUUGUAAAAUUAGAUUCCUGUUCCAGCACCUUGUAAUCACAAAUGAAAAGCAGAGAAGAGUCUGCGAAUUGCACAUCGCCACGGAUUACGUCAAAGUUCUUGUCAAGUAAAUAAAAAGGCACUAUUUUUUUAUGGACUAUGAACACGUAGCUCAAAAAAUGUCAUGGUGCUAGCUUUGGGAAUGGACUCAAAGGAGAAGGGGUUGAAAAGCAUGUUUUUUAUUUCUUUUUCUUUGAAACUUUAUUAAACUUUCCGUUUUAAGGAAAGUGUGACUUUUGAAAGAGAAAACAAGAGCACGAGGGAUAUCGCUGCAUGCAGACAUGUACGUAAGACGCGACAUAUGCAUUGGGUCUCAGCGCUGCCGUCGCGAUAAAGGAAGGAGCAGUGUGGGGACGCCGAAGGGAUCAUGUUCGAACGCCUGGAGGUGGAGAACAUGUCUCCUUUCGAGCGUGGCUGCACAAAACCCCUGCUUUGCACUGCAGGAAGAAAGACAUUGUGACCUUGAAAAAGUGGGAUGUUUGUAUUUUCUAUGUUCUUUUUCGUGAAAAUGCUUCAGAGAAAAAAAAGCCCAGUUUGGUUUCUGGUACCGUGACAUUCUUGUUGUUGCAAAAUAGGCUUUGUGUUUUUGUAACGUUAUUUUACAGUUCUGAAAAAAAGGCACAAAUAUCAAUUCAAAGGGAAAAAACGCAAUAAUGUAAACUAACAUAUAUUUUUAACGUUUAUCCGUAGUAUUCACAUGCUUUUGCCUGAAAACAAAUACUUGAAUAUAUAUAUAAAUAUAUAUGAAAUAAAUAUGGAAAUAUAUAUUAUAAUUAGUUUCCAGGGACAUCAUGUAAUAUUCUUUUAGUCUGAGCUGUAUCUUGCGUAAUGAGCCGCCAAGCUUCUUUUUGUUCGUUUGUUUAAGUACAAAUAUGGGCAAUGUAUAAAGGCAUUAUUUAUUUUGUUAUAAAAUUAUAUAUUAAAAUCGGUCUAAAUACAGUAAUAUACAUAGCACUGAUGCUCAACUGAUGGAUUUUAUUUUAUAUGCUCUCUUAUUUUCCCAUUUUACAUGUAAAUGCUUUUUGUAGAUGCUUUGUACCAAAAAAAAAA